GCCUGGUUGAAAACAGUACAAAGUGUUGGAGGCCUUCCUUUUGAGAGAAUGUGGGUUACAAAAGCUAGCCCUGGAGAGGAUAAUGGGGAUUAUGGAUCAUUAAUUGUGGGUUUCUCAAGCACUGGAUUCACAGCAAUAAUUAGACGUUUUUAUCGCUCGGCUGGAAGCAGUAUAUCACGUCCGCGUUCAGUCGCUGCCAUAUUGGCUCCUCCACUCUGUGGAAGCAUUGCUGCGCUGUCCUGGCAUUACCUCGUGUCUAAUCCAAUCAAGACACGCAAACUCAGGUGUGCAGCAUGUGCAUCAAUAAGGGGAUCUUUAAUUCUUGUACUCAAUGGCUGUCUGUUGCCAUCAUUUCUAACUGCUUUGUUAUAUUUUAAGAGGAACCCAAGUUUACAACAACCAGUUGCCGCGACUUUUCUAGACUUCUGUUACAAUCCAUAUCUCGGUCGAUCAAAGCCGUAUGUAAUUGGCCUUGGUGCUUUCCAGGUUGUACUUGGCUAUGGACUGGCCAGCUGGAUUUAUACGGAGGAAUUUAUUAAAACAAGAAAUAACAAAAAGAAGCUGUAAGGAAGUCAAGGAUUUCACAUACCUUUGUUGUGAAAAGUAAACACAGUUACUAGACUAGUGAAACGGCUUUUGAAAUUUAUGGUUUGACCUUACGAAGUAUUGUAAGAGCCCAUUAAGCAGCCAGCCUAGUAGCCCACCAGCUAAUUUUAGAAACCCAGGGGAGCUAUUAAUUCCAUGAUC